AAAGUAACAUUGAAUUGAAUUCAAUUAAAUAAAAGUAAAGUAGUUAUCAAUUAAUUUAUAGUUAAUAUCAAAUCAAAUAAAUAAUUGAAUGCUAUGUUUGUAUUGUUGUUGAUGUUGUUGUUGUUGUUGUUAUUAUCCUAACCUCUCAUGUGUUUAGGACAUCAUCUGCACUGAAGAAAUAAGUGAUUCAGACCAUCAGUAUAUCAUUUACUUGUUGUUGACAUUGUUGUUGCAAUCACUCCCCACAAGAAGAGACAUAUCAUAUCAUAUAUAUAUAAUAGACUUUUUACUGGAUCUACUGAUUGUCUGUCUGUCUGUUUGUGCCAUUAGCUGACUGAUAAUCUCAUUGACUUAUUCUUCAAACAAUGACCAGCAAAGAGACGGAAGAGUUGGAAAAAUCGCGCAAACAUUUAAGUCUUUUGCGCGAAGAAUAUGUUAAACUUCAGCAAAAGUAUUGCGAUUUAGAGAAGAAGUAUAAUCUAUUGAAUGCAUCGAAAGGUGUGGUCGACGACAAUUCGUUUGUCUCGCGACUUGUCCGCAAUGUGGCCAACCUUUUCGAUCGCGAACUGUACAGCGAUUUGACCAUCAAAUUGAAUGGCAAUGCCAUCAAAGGCCACAAGUUUGUACUGUCGUCACGAAGCGAUGGCUGGGAUCAAUUGGAUCACAUCUCGGAGCUUGACUUAACUCAUGUAAACCCAGAGGUGGCCUUUCACGUAAUCCGAUGGGUCUAUACGGAUACCAUUGAUUUUCAGCACCGAAACGAAGAGUUCAUACUGGAUGUGAUGCGAUCAGCAAAACGAUACGAUUUGAACCAAUUGGUAGAGCUGUGCGAACAGACACUGAUGACGUUUGUCAAUGUAUCCAAUUGUGUCCAAUUUUAUCAAACUGCCGACGAGAUUGGAGCCGAAACAUUAAAAAAUCAUUGCUCAGAACUAGUGUCCAAUCAUUGGGACGACUUUACCAGCGAUGACUUUGUAACGAUGUCGGCGCCGCUGUUGUAUCAGAUGUUUAAAACAAAAACCGAGUUUCCAUUGCAUACAGCCGUCCGUAUCAAACGCGAAGACGUAUUGUUUCUCUAUCUCAUGGAAUUUGACGCACAGUUAGCCAUCAAAUUGAACGAAACAGAUCCGUCGGGCGAACUGCCUCUUCAUUUGGCACUAAAGACAAAACAAGAAGAUAUUGCCAAAACUCUGGUCCUACACAAAGCCAAUGUCAAUGCUGUCGAUGCCAAUGGACAGACACUGUUGCACUGGGCUAUCGACAGAGAUGAUCACUUUUCGGCACAUUUUCUUAUCAAAAACAAUGCAUCGGUAGAUACGGCCGACUCGAUUAUGAAUAAUGUUCCGUUGCAUUUGUGCGCCGACAAAGCCAACAGCGAUGGAAUGGCCAGAAUUGCUCGCAAUUUGUUAGACUCUGACGCCGAUCCUAACCUACAAGACAUUAACGGAAACUCUCCUCUUCAUCGAUCAGUUAUGGCGCUAAAUAAAGCUGUAUUCGACAUAAUGCUUGAACAGCCAAAGCUAUCAAUUGAUUUGCGAAACAAGAAACAUAUGUCUAGUUUUGCCAUUUCGUUGGAAAAACUCGAUGACAACGAUUGGUUCGCCCAAGAGUUGUGCCGUAAGGGCUGUUCGAUAGACUCGAUAAAUCCGGUGACCAGCGAUUCGCUGUUGCACUCAUUCGCCCGAAACGGCAACGAAAAUGCCGGCCUUUUUCUAACCACUAACGGCGCCAAAAUCAAUUUGACCAAUAGUAAGGGCGAAACAGCCCUACAUAUCGCCGCUGCCAAAGGUCUUAAACAACUUGUGUCAACACUUCUUGAAAAAGGUGCCAAUUGCAAUCUUCAGACGUCUCCACUCACAUUUGUCGACUCCAUGUCAUCGCCCGAAUCGGAACAACACGUGUUCAAUCAGACACCACUCCAUUUGGCCAUUGCUGGCAAACACGAAUCCAUUGUUGAAGUGAUACUUAACUAUUACACUGACAAGUCUUCCGCAAUGAAGGGCGACUUGGGCUCCACCGUAUUGAUGCCUAAUCUCAACAUUAAGAACUCCAAAGACCAGACACCGUUAUCGCUGGCCAUACAGUCAGGUCUGCACAUGACUGCCCAAUUGCUCAUCAAUGCCGGCGCCAGUGUUAACAUUGUUGACGCCAACGGCUAUUCACUAUUGCAUCUGGCGAUCAUCGAUGGAGACGUACAGAAUUCAUUAUUUUUGUUAAACCACGGCUCAGACAUACAUUUCAAGACACCUGAUGGCGAACAUUGUAUUCAAUUGGCAGUAAAACAUCAAUUGGAACCAGUUGUCGAAGAGUUGUGCGCCAAAGGUUCUGAUGUCAAUGUUGUCGACUCAGAUAAGAACUGUCUUCUAUGGAAUGCACUUCAGUUGGAAAAUGAAAAUAUAGCUUCAAUUUUGGUCAGAUACCAGUGCGACACUGAUUUCUGGUCUCGAGCUGAGGAUGGCCUCUACGAGACACUAUUGCACAGAGCACUCGACGAAAAUAAUGAGAAAGCCGCCUGUUUUUUCAUCAGGAGUGGCUGUGAUAUAAAUGCCAUUCGCAGGCCAGGACCCGACGGUAUGGGACAGGACGAUGUGGACAAACAGACACCGCUUCAUUUGGCAUCCGGUUGGGGUCUCGAAGAGGUUGUCUAUACGCUGAUGGAGCACAUGGCCGAUGUCAACGCACAGGAUGUCGAGGGCAAGACUGGACUGAUGAUCGCUAUCGUCAAUCAGCACCAGAAGAUAAUUAGUCUACUCUUAGAGUGUCGACAAAUUGAUCUGUCAUUGCGCGACAAUUUAGGAAAUACUGCAUUCUCUCUGUGCGUUAAAUACAAGAACAAUAAGGCGGCGAAUCUAAUACUCAUGAAAGAGCCGACCGUUGCCGACAAAUAUGACGGAAAGGGCCGAAACUAUUUGCAUAUUGCCGUCGAAAAGAAGGAUAUCGAAAGCGUAUUGUUUUUGCUCAGUAUUAAAGUCAAAGUUAACUCAAAAGUCAAAGACAAUACACAGAAAACGGCACUCCAUUUGGCCGCCGAAUCGGGCAACGAUAUGAUUGUCCGAAACUUAUUGCUGGCCGAUGCCCACAUUGGCGACGUAACUUCCGCUAAACAAACCGCCCUUCAUUUGGCCGCAGAACACGAUCACAAUACUAUCUGUUCCAUACUUCUAGAAAAUGGUGUCGAGUACGAGAUGGUCGACAUCAAUGGCAACAAUGCUCUGCACAUUGCCUGCCAAAAGGGUAAUCUGUCCACUUGUAAGGUACUGUUGGCCGAAUCGCGAAUCAGUGCCGACACACUUAACUUCAAGGGUCAAAAUCCGCUACACUUGUUGGCGACGUUUGGUCGUGAAAAUUCGGCCGCUAUUUUCGACAUAUUCAUCGAAUCUAUGCCCGACUAUCCCAUCAACAAAAUUGAUGGCAACGGCAAUACACCACUUCUAUUAGCCUAUAUGAACGGUAACGGCAAUCUAUGUCGUGGUCUAAUAAAAUCGGGUGCUAUACUGGGCACCUGUAACAACGAAGGUGUCAACAUAUUCAAUCAUUCCGUGGCCACCAAAAAUCUACUGUACCGUCUACUCGACUUUCUACCGCAAGAGCCCGCCUGGACAGUGGCCGAUGCCUGUCUCGAGUGUGGCCUCAAGUUUACGCUGACCACUCGUAAGCAUCACUGUCGCCACUGCGGUCGUGUACUAUGCAGCCGCUGUUCCAGCAAAGACCUGCCAAUACUGAAGUUUAAUCUAACAAAACCUGUUCGCGUCUGUGAAGUCUGUUUCGAUGUACUGACGCUUGGAUUCAAUACAUAAAAAAUUGUGAUUUAUAUCCACAUAAUAACCAAAUGUUUAGACAAAUAUAUAUUUAUAAAUGAGUUCAUAAAAACAAUUAUUUUUUAGUAAUACUUUUGAUGAUAUUUUUGUUGUUGUUGUUGCACUCGUUUUUUUUAAAUAGGCAAACAUUUUAUCACUUUUCCAUUGCU